AUGGCCUUGCGGACCGCACGCUUCCUUCGCUUCGCAAGCGAGGCGACCGGCGCCACCAACCGCCUUCUGCUCACUCUCACGUCCCCCGGGGAGGCCAUCUUCAUUAAGAAGCCUGUCGAUAGCGUCACGGUGCCGGGGACGGAGGGCGUGUUCACCGUCACCAACAACCACUCCCUGAUCGUGUCCCAGCUUAAAGCGGGCGUGAUCAACGUGAGGGAUGGCUCCGAGACGAAGGACUACUUCAUCUCAGACGGCUUCUUGUUCUUCAACCAGCCGACCGAUGCCUCGGGUUGCUGCACUGCCGAGGUCGCAGGAGUGGAGAUCGUGCCUACCUCGGCCCUGGACAAGGACAAGGCAGCGCAAGUCCUCUCCGAACUCAUGGCCGCCCCGAAGGACAUCAAGAGCAGUUGA